CAAAUGUUCUCCUAGUCCUAUCUAAUAGACUGCUGUAGACAAGUGUACCUGCAGGAAAUAUCUGAUCUAACUGACCAUCACAUGAAAAGCAAAUUUUGACUUUUCUUUUUUUCCUUUUUUUUUUUUUUUUACAUACAAGUCAAAAUGAAGCACAGCCGUAAUAUGGAACUUCCAGAGGAUUUCUGGAUCCCCAUCGCUCUGGAUACGGACAACAUCACGGCUCUCAGCCCCUUCCUAGUACCACAGGACCAUCUAGCAGGCGCCAGCACCUACUAUUCAAUGGCAGUAUACAUGCUUUUUAUAUUUACUGUGGGCACUACCAUUAACGUCCUCACCAUUGCAUGCACCGUCCAAUACAAGAAGCUACGGUCCCACCUCAACUACAUCCUGGUGAAUUUGGCUGUGGCAAACCUUCUUGUGUCUGUUGUGGGAUCCUUCACCUCCUGCUGCAACUUUAUAUCCAGAUAUUUCAUCUUUGGACCACUAUCAUGCAAGAUCGAAGGUUUUAUGGUUACGCUUGGUGGUAUGGUAAGUCUGUGGUCUCUAGCUGUGAUAGCUUUUGAAAGAUGGCUGAUGAUCUGCAAGCCACUUGGUAACUUUAUUUUCAAGCCUGAUCAUGCUUUAGCUUGCUGUGCAUUCACCUGGGUGUUUGCACUGUUGGCCUCAGCUCCUCCACUGUUCGGAUGGAGCAGGUAUAUCCCCGAAGGCCUGCAGUGCUCCUGUGGUCCGGACUGGUACACUACAAACAACAAAUACAAUAAUGAAUCCUAUGUGAUGUUCCUUUUCGGCUUCUGCUUUGCUGUUCCCUUAGCCACCAUUAUCUUCUGCUACUCCCAUCUCCUCAUUACACUGAAAAUGGCAGCAAAGGCCCAAGCUGAGUCUGCCUCCACCCAGAAGGCAGAGAAGGAGGUGACCAGGAUGGUGGUCGUCAUUGUGCUGGGUUUCCUGGUGUGCUGGUUGCCUUACGCCACUUUUGCCCUUUGGGUUGUCAACAAUCGUGGAGAGCCCUUUGACCUGAGAUAUGCUACUGCACCGGCUGUCUUUUCUAAGUCCUCUGCAGUCUACAACCCAGUCAUCUAUGUUGUCCUCAAUAAACAGUUCCAGUCAUGCAUGAUGAAGAUGCUGGGGAUGAGUGGAGGUGAUGAUGAAGAGUCGACACAGUCAGUGACUGAAGUCUCCAAAGUUGGGGCUGCUUAGACUGCACAUGAAGUCUGUUGGCUUCUCCACCACCAAUGAUUUAUGAAUUGUAAAUAACAAAACAUGUACGUGUGUUUUGUCAUAUAAAAAAAAUAUGUGGGCAUUGUUGCAACUCAAUUAACCUUCUUGCCAUGUUUACAUUCCGCCAUGUUGGAUUUAGUACCCAUACCAUAUCAUUGGAAAGCUUAGAAUCUCGUCUAUUUAUUGAUCAAAAUGCUUUUGGGAUACAAUCAUAACAGCAGGCACAAUUGGCGCUUCAAACUAGCAAGCAAGCAAUCAUACAGUUGAGCCAACUCACCCAAGAAGCCUAGUUGUAAUCCUGGAAUCAGUAAUAAUCCAACAAAAACAGUCCUGCUUCAUUGCCAAAGGUCCAAUAUAUCCACUCCAGUAAUAUUUAUUGUCCAUCUACAUGAGCACAUAGAUAAAUGUCCAUGAACAGCUGUUUUUUAGAGUGUUAUCUUUUAAAUGAGACCAAAACCAUGCAUAUACUGCACAUGGUUGAAGAACAGCUUUUAAUUUACUUUGGGUAUGUUGUUCUUAGGUGUUUUUAGGUAAUUUUAAAUACAUGGUAAGAGGUUAAUAAAGAAAUCCUAAAUUAUCUGCGAAGUUAAAAAAAAAAAAUACAAACAUGUGUAUGGUAUCUGUAUGCUGUUGAUACUGGAAAAGCAUGUGUUCACUGGUUUGUUGUACAGAACAUAUUCACUGCAACAUGUAAGAGACUGUUGAGAGCUGUGUUGUCAAACUCUCACAAAAUCCAUGCUUUUAUUUCUGUGUUCUUUUUUCUCAACAAUGCUGCACAGACUACUGAUAAUUUGUGUAAUAUUUAUCUGUAUAUUGAGUAUGACCUUGUCUCAGAUCGAAGUGUUUAACAGUUCCAGAUUAAUAUUGUUAUUUUAUAUGAUUACGUUGCUUUUAAUGUUCCUUAGCAAUUUAAUGCAAACAUUUUUAUUUGUUAAUUUCAAACCUAUCCUUUGCCUCUGCAAUAUCUAUCACCUGCCUCCUCGGACAUACUGAUGUAUGAUGUCCUACAUUGGGUUGUUGGAAUGAUAGAGUUACUGUACUUUGUUCUUAAUUGUCUUUUAGCUCAGGGAAGGAGGUGAAAUGCCAAAAGGUAACAGAAAGCUGGAGUUAAGCCAGUUGAGUGGAUUACAAAGGGCUACAGUGCAUGAGAUUACCGGACUUAAUUUUAUUGGAAACCAGAUUAGCAGGCAAAGACCUGCUGCACUUUUCCCUAAGAAAGAGGGAUUAACCUGUGUUCAUGCUCAUCAUUCAACCUUAGACUGGCAACCAUAUCUAGCUGCUUCUCAAAGGCCUCUGCAGUCUACAACCCAAUUAUCUAUGUUCUCUUCAAUAAACAGGUCUGUUAAAUGUUGGAAUGAACAGCUUAUUUUAAAAAUUAUGCAUUUUUUAUAUUGUUGCAAGGUGCUAUGUGGGACACCUGAGAGAAACUGAUACAAAACCCCAACAUAAUACUAUCUUAUUAUCUUAUGGACUUGUAUCUUACAUGUCUCAAGCCAGACAGAUCAAUCUGAGGUGUAUUUUAUGUUGCAUCUUAAUGUUUCCUCAGCUUAGCUUUUAGCAAACCAUACAGUAACUUGGAAAAAUAAUUGAGGCUUUGAGUCAAUGACGUCUUGUAUUGAUUUGAGUAUAUCUCACUACUGCAACAAUUUUAUAUCACAUUCAAAAUGUGAACAUUAAAUCAUUAAUUUAUUCCACUACAUGUAGAAAUAGGCUACUUAGAUUUCACAAAUCUAUGCUUGUAGAAAAUUGAAACAUUGAAAACCAAGAAUUCUGAGUUUGAAGUGAGACUUCUGAAGAAAAAGUUAUAAUUUUGACUUGAAUCUAAAAAAAAUUCUGAUUUCUAACUUUUUUACUUAAGUAAAAUUUAAAGUUCUACACCUAGUGGCUUUAAUGGUACAUUCAGCUUUUUUUUUUAAAUCUCAGCUCCAUGCAGGAUGAUAAAGAUAAAUGUGGUUGGAGUGCUCUUCAGAAUCAGUGUACAUUUUGACUCCUUCGACAAUCGUUUUUUUUCCCCUUUCAGUUCCGUUCAUGCAUGAUUGGGAUGAUUGGGAUGAGUGGAGAUGAAGAGGAAUCCUCAACAACACAGUCAACAACUGAAGUCUCCAAAGUUGGACCUGCUUAGACCGAACAUCAACACUUG